AUUAGGUCAAAUAUCAAUAAAACUAAUAAAACAUCUGUCAGCUGUACUUUGAAUUUAGUGCUAAUUAGCAGAUGUUGAACUAAGGUGUGAAUAAAUAUGAUACCUCUUAAACAUGUUAGCAUUGUUAUUGUAAACAUAUUACUAAAGCAUGUUGAAAUUAGGAUUUAUCUCAAAGCACCACUGAGCCUCCCAGAGCCGCUAGCCUGGCUGUAGGCUCUUGUUUACCACAAUGUUGUGUUGUCUAGACCACGACAUUAAUAGACAAUUUGUCUUCUUAAGCACUAUGAGCUUGUUUCAGACAAUACAUGCUGGGAUCACAGUUGUCUUGCUUAGAGUAACAUGUUUCUGUGUGAAGGAUUCUGAUUGAAUUUACAGCAGGGUGGCUGGAUCGUUCCCAAAAUCUGUAAUCACAUCUACAGUGAAUUUUACUGUACAGAAAAAAAGUAUAUAUGUAAAGACGUUCAUAUAUGUAAUUUGUGAAGACUCUUUAACCCAAGACAAACAGGGAUUUAAAAACAAACAAACAAACAAAAAAAAACAGUUGUACACAACGUUAACAUGUUAACAGCUUUUAACACCACCAGCAGACAGCACAAAGUGCACAAAGGCUACAACUGGGACUGACCAGUUCCUAAAAUAUGUUUUCCAUUAUGUGCCUGUAAACCAUUUAUAUUUGAGGCUGUGUUUUCUAUGAUACCCAUUUUCUACCCCGUCUUUUUCAGCCCAUAUUAUUUUCCAGUUCAACCUCACGGGGGAAUCACACAGCCUCAUCACAGUACUCCAGUGACUCUAAUAGCUGUGCCAGCUGGAGGAAACAGAAGAUACGUCACAUAAAAUGGCAGGGCAUUGGAUUAGCUGGCUAUUUCUGUACCUUGUUGAUCAGAGAAACAUGUAUUGUAUAUACCAGAGUAUUUUCAACAGACCAGGGGAGAACGGAGGAAACUACAUUUGUGCCUCACCUUUUAGCUUUGGACGGAGCAGUACACUUUCCGUGAGCCUGGUCAGUUUUGUAUGAACCGGGCUGAUUGUUUGAACCCACGUGGCUGUGCCCCACCGAGGCAUGAAUGUGGGAAGGGCCCACCAACACAACUUCCUGUCCUGCGACGAAGAAGGCCUGAGACUAAGUACCAUGCCUGCUGUGGGCAGCUUCGGCAAUGGCAAGAUUCACACAAGACGCAAGUACCACAGCCGGUUUGUCAGCAAGGCUGGCCAAUGCAACGUCAAUUUCUCAAACAUGGAUGAGAAGUCACAGCGGUACAUGUCUGACAUUUUCACAACUUGUGUGGACAUCCGCUGGCGGUACAUGUUCCUGCUAUUCAGCCUGGUGUUCGUGGUGUCCUGGCUAACAUUCGGCCUGGCGUACUGGGUUAUUGCCCUCCUACACGGUGACAUGGACCAUCCUGCAGGGGACGACAACUUUGUUCCUUGUGUCACGCAGGUCAACACCUUUGUGGCAGCUUUCUUGUUCUCUAUUGAGACCCAGACAACCAUUGGGUAUGGAGCUCGUUGUGUGACAGAGGAAUGUCCGGCUGCUGUCUUCAUGGUGGUGUUUCAGUCCAUCAUGGGAUGCAUCAUCGAUGCCUUCAUGAUUGGUGCUAUCAUGGCCAAGAUGGCACGGCCCAAAAAGCGUGCAGAGACUCUACUGUUCAGCCACAAUGCAGUCAUUGCUUUGCGUGAUGGGAAACUGUGCCUCAUGUUCAGGGUUGCCAAUCUAAGAAAGAGCCACAUUGUGGAAGCUCACGUGCGAGCUCAGCUCGUCAAGCCCCGCUUCACAGAGGAAGGUGAAUAUAUCCCCCUAGAUCAGAUUGACAUGAACGUAGGCUAUGACAAAGGUACAGACCGCCUGUUUCUGGUUGCACCCCUUACUGUCAUACAUGAAAUUGAUGAAGAAAGUCCACUGUUUGGUAUUAGUAAGCAAGAUCUUGAAACAUCUGAGUUUGAGAUAGUCAUUAUACUUGAAGGGUUGGUGGAGGCCACAGCAAUGACGACGCAAGCACGCAGCUCUUACCUGCCCUCAGAGAUCUUGUGGGGUCACCGCUUUGAGCCCGUCAUCUUUGAGGAGAAAAGCCAGUACAGGAUAGAUUACGCCUACUUUCACAAAACAUUUGAAGUACCGUCCACCCCAAGAUGCAGUGCCAAGGACAUGGAGGAGAGAAAAUUCCCAACAUCUGGUGCCAACUCGUUCUGCUAUGAGAACGAGCUGGCCUUCAUCAGCAGGGAUGAGGAGGAGGACAAGGAAGAUCAGGAGAAAGACUGGAAGUGUGUACCAGAGCUAUUGAAUGAGCAGACGACUCCUGAAAGUGAUCAAAAGUCCUCUCGUAGAGAAUCAGUGAUGUGAACUUUGGUUGCUGCUUGUUGUGUGCAAUGCAAGCAUCACACGUAGAGACCUAUGACUGUCAUCUUUCUGACAUGAGGCUACUGCAAGACAUUUCUGCUGCAGGUGGAGAAACAUUUCUAAUCUCUAUCAUACAAGCAAGGAUGAAACUUAUCACAUUUCUCAUUGGAAUAACUGUUUUGCUUCCCUGAGAUGGUUACUGAGCUUUAACAAAUUUAAACAAAACUGUCAUGUAUCAAUUUGCAGAUGCCCCUAGUAGUAAAGUGCAUGACAAUAGCAUAGUUUUGUAUUAAUAUUUUGGGAAAUGUUUCAUAGUUUCGGUGAGACUAUCUUUAGAUUCACAGUCCUCAAAUAUAUGAAUUGCAACUGAGUGUGGAGUGAAAUUGACAAUUUGCAGAUAACGUUUAGGAAACUAAAACUCUCCAGACUCAUUUUGAUAAAAGAAAAAGUGUAGAUCAACAGUGGAUUUUCAUCUUAAUGCUAUAACUUAAAUAUUCUAUAUUAUACAAUGUCAGUUGAUGACUUAAUUAGUUGUCUUAUAUACAACUGAUACAUAGUAUGGACUGCAUGUAACUAUGGGAGACACAUGACAAGGUAGAGUUAUAAACAUUUCCAUCACAAAAAGGGCAAAUAAACUUAAUGGUGCAUCAUAUGACAUUUAUGCAUACUAACAGGGAAAAAUACUCAUCUAUGUCUUAAUAUUUCAGCCAGUGAAACAAUGCAAUGAGUUUUCUAUUCACCUGUUUUUAUCUGUACAUAAAAACAGCUUGAUGAGAACAAGGAAAAAUGUUAAUAUUGGAAAAAAGUUCUACCCUUGGCUGAGGUGGCAACACAAAGCAAAAAGUGCAUGACGUACACGAAACAUGUCACUUCAGUGUCCACUGAUGGUUCCAAUCUACAGAGGGUAUUAAAAAUAGUAACAGGUCUAUGUGGAGAGAUGAGGAGAGUGAUCAUUCAUUCAACAUACAGUCUAUGCCAUAUUUACAUCAUAUCUUUAUUGUUUUCCACCAUCUGAGGUCUGACUGACACUCUUUGAAUUACGACAUCUUGUACCCUCUUCUUUAGAUUCUGACUGGAGAAUUAGUACCAACAGCUGUUUACAUUGAGUGGUUUAACUUCCAAUAUACAUACAGUCGGUGUCUUGUCAUAGUUGGAGGGUGUUCUUAACUCAUAUUAAUGUCAACAAGGUGUCCUUGCUGAUAUUUGGCAAAGAAGGCCAUUAGCUUAGGUGAGAACUACAGGUCCAACUCACGUUUUCCUCCUGCGGUCCAGUCUUUUUAGAUUUGUAGCUGCAGAAGAAGUGUGCGACUUAAAUCCUCUUUUUAAAUUUAGAGAUGGACAAUUUAAAACGUGAAUAGGGGAGCUAAAGCGAUACAGAUUUUUACAUUACCAUGUUUAUGUUGGUAGCAGUUGUAAAAGUUGCAAGGAGAGAUAAUUACUUAGCAAAAUUUAGACUAAACAUGGUGAGUUAGUUAACUUAGAAAGAUUAAUCGAACAUUUAUGGCCUGUCUAACAGUUUAAAUACAGCAAACUUAACAUUAAUGUUGUAGGUGCAGACUACACAUAAACAUAUUUUUAUGUUAAUUUGACGUACAGAAAGCCGCACAGUAACUCUGCAACAUGUUAACAAAUGGAUGUGACAUUUUGUGGGUGUUCCCAUAAAUAUAAAUAAAUAUCUGUAUUUGCAUUACAUUUAAUUGAAACCUUAGCCCUCUUGAUUACUUUUGCCAUGUUGUCAAACUGUCAAAGCUAUUUAAGCUAUUAUUAGCUUCAUGAGUCGGUUGCAAAGGCCAUCUUCAGCUAACUUUUUAAAGUUUGAACUCUUUUUAAACUAAACAAAUAUCCUUAAUACAGUAUGCACUUCUGGCUACAUCAUGAAAGGCUAAAGUUAACAGUCCCAGGCAAAAGGUGUCAUUAUCCACGUAGAAAACCUGGAAAUAAUCAGUUGUUCUUGUAUUGCGGUACAGAGAUAGAUAGCUUAUUUUGCUUAGCUUACAUACUAGCAAACAAAAGGUUAGAUUUAUGCUUAUUUCUAAAUAGUACUGUAUGUUUUAAAACUGCAAGAUGAAAUGCUUUUAGCAUCAGGGCUAACAACCCUGUCUCAGUAAUACUGGCUGGGUUUCUAGAGGUGUAACCCAAAGCCAACUCCAAUAAACAGCAGGGCAGAGCUGCUAAUAUUAGCCUACACUCUAAUGGUAGAAUCCAGGACCGGUUUCCACAUAGUGAGGACAUAGUGGACGUGUUAGUCAUAAAUAAGGCUUUCACGUAACUGUAAUGUAACCCUACACAAAAUAAUAAUAAGACAGGCUAAUGUUUGUAGAGUUGACAAAACACUGGUUAAUCCAUUCCUACCUUACACACUUGCUAUUUUUUAAUUUUGGAGAGGGUAAAAAUCCCAACCACCCUCCACAGUCUUUCAAUACAGAAUAUUUGAAUAAAUUCAGAGCUGAACAUGUCUACAUGCCUAGUUAGAUAUGCUAAGCUAUGAUUGCACAAUUACUAGUGAGAAUUGAAGUUUAGCAAAUGGUUAAUUGAAAUUAAUUUGUCAAUUCUUCCCAGAUGCAUUAUAUGUUCAGAGGGAAGAAAAAAUACAGUUGUACACUAUAUUUUACAGAUGUCUUUUCAUCUUUAUACAUGUGCUGCUGCCAUCAUCGUGACCUGUGUGAAUCUAAAAUUUAGACAGACAAAUAUGAAAAACACCACAAAAGCCCAGCCCUUUUUGUACUUACCCUUUCUUUCUGUAAGUUAUAAAAAAAUGUGAACAGAAGGAUCUAACUGUAACUCGUCACAUAUUGGUUAUCAAAGAUCUGACACAAUUUUCUAAGGCUCCCACAUGCGAUAAAAGCAGACUUAAAGUCAUCUGAAAUUAAACCCUGUCACAUGCCUGGCACAUGAGAUACAGUGUGGAGUAAUACUGCACCACAUCGGUGUAAAUUAAAACGCUAAAUAAAAAACAAGAAAUAUUGGCCAAAGGGAAGCCCUGGAACACAACAUGAAAUACAGCACUGAGAAAUCUCUUCAAGCGCUCUGAUGUCAACAACAGCCAACACAUUAAAGACUAUAUUAACCACAGUAAAUAUUCAGAGGACAAGUUUCUUACAUUCAUGUCAUGUAAUCACUCAUGCAAAAUAGAUAAAUGUUUUGACAAGCUUUACUUAGAUUUAGAUUGAUUAUAGUGUCAUCAUAAUGUUAUAAUAGAUAUAUCAGGCAAUACAUUUAGCUCAUGAUCUCAUGAAAGUAUGCCAUGAAUACAUACAGUAUAUAUCUAUAUCUAUAUAUCUAUAUCUUUAAAGUAAAACUAAAGUAUAAUAAUGUGAAAAACAGCAGCCCAGCAGGCAAUCAACAAACAUUAAUUAACUUUGAGGGAAAACAACGAGCGUCCUAGUUUUACUCUGGCCUGCUCAUGUCGUCUUAAAAUGACCAAAUGUUUCCAAAUAAACCUUUGAUAGAUGCUUUUUAUAUAUUACUUUGGUUCUACUGGUGAAUCCAUUGAGUCAUAUAACAGUUUAUAUUGUUUUUCUCUGUUCCAGUGGCAUCCGUCUUUCUUUUAUUUUUAAUAGGACAUGUGACAAAGAUAUUAGGUCAGACUGUGUACCACAGUUUCACUUAUCCAAGAUGAGAUGAAUUAGUCUUCCCUCCACAUUUCUCAAACUAAAAGCUCCAUGUGGGAUAACUUAUACACAUGACUGCCAUUUCAGCAAAAUUCAACACAUUUGUAUUUAUAUCUUGCUGACCUGUGCUGAAAAUACCACAAUAAGCUUGCUCUAGAAAACAAAUGGUGGUUCCACUGCCAUUUGAGCCAAGAGCAGGGCUGAGGACUUCCUGCAUGUAUAGUAAGAGGGAAGAACUAAUUUGUACAUGUCAUUAUUGUAAAUAAAUGUAUUUAUUUUUUUGGUUCGUGAUCUUUCUGGCUGACUAGACACUAAGUAUUAUUUUUAAAAAUGAAUAUCAUAUACUUUACCAGAUAUGAAACCAGAAAUACUCUCUUUGCUUGAUGGACUGAAAUAAUGUCUACUGACCUCUUCUUGUCUUCCACUAAAUGCAUUUGAAGCAAUCUUCACUCUGAGUUGCACCUUGUUAUCUCACAGGAUUUAAGUUUGUUGUGUGAAACAACAAUUAUGAAUUGACAGACAAAACAAUUAUCCUGUUGAUAACCACAAUAAAAUAUAUCUCACAAAGCCAACAGUUUUCUUUUUCCUUCAUGAUAGACAGACAAGUACAGGGAUAAUUUUACAGUAAGCACUCACUGAAUGGAUUUGUUGUCCAGUUAUGGGGGGUCAGAGGUUUCUUCUUUCACUCUUAUGCAAUCGAUCAGGCAUGUCUUUGCAUAUGUACAGACAAGACUUGGCAGUGCUGCUUGAUUUCACUGCCCUGUAACCUUCAACACUGGAAAAAAGAUCACACGCACACGUAGAACACACACAUAGA